AGGUAGUAGUGUGUGUGAGGCUGUCAGACAGCAUGGUCUGGGUGUGAGGACAACAGGAAGACACUUCUUCUUCUUUAUCUUCUUCUUCAUGUAGAACCAGAGAGGUGACAUCCACAGAUCACCUGCACCCAGGUCAGAAGCAACAGGAGGAGGAAGAGGAGGAGGAGGAGGAAGAGGAGUACGAGGAGGAGGAACAGGAGGAGUACGAGGGUAUCUCUUUUUAUUUUUUUGUUGGAUUUGGGAGUUGGACCGCAUGCAUGACACAACGCAAAGGGGAGAAACCCACCAUCAGCAUCCAGGAGCACAUGGCCAUUGACGUGUGCCCCGGCCCCAUCCAGCCCAUCAAGCAGAUCUCAGACUAUUUCCCCCGUUACCCCCGGGGUCUCCCCCCCUGCGCGCCCCAGCUGGUGGGCAAAGCCGGGCCCCCGAGCUCCUCUGCCCCCCCCAGCUCUCCGGCCACCACCUCCAGCACCUCCACCUCCUCCAUCACCGCCGAAAGUGAGCGCCCCAAUGAGGAUAAACCGGACCGGGCUUCUGCCGGAGCCUCCGCCUCCUCACACAGGAGGGACGAGGAGCCCGACGUGGAGGGAUAUGACUCCGACGACUCCACUACAUUGGGGACAUUGGACUUCAGUUUGCAGUAUGACCAGGAGAACAAUGCACUGCACUGCACCAUCAACAAAGCCAAGGGGCUCAAGCCGAUGGACCAUAACGGGCUUUCAGACCCUUAUGUCAAGUUGCAUCUACUGCCCGGAGCCAGCAAGGCCAAUAAACUCCGAACCAAGACCCUGCACAACACUCUGAACCCCGUCUGGAGCGAGACCUUGACCUACUACGGCAUCACAGACGAGGAUAUGGUCCGAAAAACACUCAGGAUUUCCGUGUGUGAUGAGGACAAAUUCAGACACAACGAGUUCAUCGGGGAAACGAGAAUCCCCCUCAAGAAGCUGAAGCCCAACCAAAUCAAAAACUUCAACAACUGCCUGGAGAAACAGCUGCCG